UGAACAAAAGUUACAGAAAAAACAUGGAUGAUAUUGUUUUAGUACUCAUAGUCACUAUUUUUGCAUUAUUUCUUUACUUUUUAUAUUCUUUCUUUUUCUGUAUGUUUCCAAAAAAAGAAAACAGAGAUUAAUGUAAACCUUUUUAUUAUGUGGAAAUUCCUUUGCUGUUCAGAACAGCAGAUCAACUUAAAAAUUGUUCUUGAUUGUGGCCAAUCAUUCAGAUGGUCUAAGAAAGUCGAUGAUCCUUCUGUUUGGCUAGGUGUGCUAGACAAAAAAUUGUGGUUGCUACGUCAAAGUUUAGAUGGAAUUGAGUACAAGGUUUUUGAUAAUACUGCAGGUCCUUGUUAUGACAAUAAUAGUGAUAAAUUUGCUGUGAAUAACUUAAAUAACAACCAUGCUGACAAUGAGAAGUUUUUAUGUGACUACUUUCAACUAGAUAUAGAUGUUCCUUCUUUGUACGAGAAAUGGAGUAGUGCUGACGAGAACUUUAAAGGCUUGCAAAAUCAGUUCUGUGGUAUACGUAUGUUGCGUCAAGAUCCGGUAGAAAAUUUAUUUAGCUUUAUUUGUUCACAAAAUAAUAACAUUGUGCGAAUAAAACAGCUGGUUAAUAAGUUAUGCAUAACAUAUGGUCAAAAAGCAGUUUGUUACCAAGAUGUUGACUAUUAUUCAUUUCCGUCAUUGUCUGCAUUGGCCCAACCUGGUGUUGAGAAAAAAUUAAGAGAAUUAGGAUUUGGUUACAGGGCUAAAUUUAUUCAAGAAACUGCUGCUUGUAUAGACCAAAAGGCAAAAGGAGAAGAAUGGUUGUACAAUUUACGCAAUGUUCCCUACAAAGAAGCUCAUCAAGAUCUUUGUUCUUUGCCUGGUGUUGGUGCAAAAGUAGCAGACUGUGUGUGCUUGAUGUCAUUGGACAAAUCUGAAGCUAUACCUGUUGAUACACACAUGUGGCAGAUUGCUUCUCGAGAUUACUUGCCUCACUUGAAAAAAAAUAAAACAUUAACUGAUAAAACUUACAAAGAAAUUGGUGAUUUUUUUCGUGAACUGUAUGGAAAUUAUGCUGGCUGGGCACAUUCCGUUUUAUUCAGUGCAGACCUGAAAAAAUUUCAAGAACUGAAAACAGUAGAAGCCAGUUUAAAACCUAUCCAAAAACGGAGCAAAGUAGGAAGAAAGCAAGGACGUUCAAAUGAAGUGAAGAAAAGAAAAAAGAAAUAAUUACUGCUUUUCAAGUUUUUAACUGUAGAUUUAUUGAUGUAUAAAGUUAUAUAAAUAUAGAAAUGAUGUAAAGUUGA